UUCAUUUUUUAAUAUAACUUUUCAUACAAAGAAAAGCCGUUAGUUUUUAUCUUUAAUUUUUUAUCGUACAUCUUUAUCUUUCCUUAACGUCUUCUCUCUUUCUUGUACAAUGAACAGUCAUCAAACCAUAAACAAUGUUAACAACGAACAAGAAGAUUGUUAUGGUUACAUCAGUCAAGAAGAACGAGGAUGCUACUUUAAUUAUGAUAAUUGUAUGAUGGAAGCUAUUACAGAAGCAGACUAUCAAGAUCAGCUUUAUGUAGAAGACGAACAAGACGAAUAUGAAGAUGAUCCCUUACUCGACUUAAUAAUGGGUGUUCAAAGCUAUUUGGCAGAACAGGCCAAGAUAUUGAACAGCACAGUCACUGACUCUCCGCUUUAUAGCCUCCAAUACAAGAUGUAUACCUAUAUAAGACAAAGAGUGUAUGACCUUUAGCUUUAAAAAGAAAAUCAAUGUACAAACUGUGUAAAUUGUAAAAAUAAAGCAACACUUGUUUUUUUUUCCUUCUCCUUUCCAGA